AUGGAGUAUGUAUUAAAAGUAAGAAAUAAACAGGAGUUAGAAGGGAAAGUUAUUUUAGUCAAUGAAUAUUUGGGGGCAGAUGUAGACGGGUUUAUUUCCGAGGUACUGGAGGAGUACCCCAGUCACAUGCUGAUAUCCUAUCAUAAACUGUCUUCUGAGUACAAAACAGCGGAUGUGAUUUCGUUUCUAGAUAAAACUCCCAAGGAGUUCUCUGAGGCGUACAAGCCACGAAGUGCUCUGAUAAUAGAUGGGUGGUCGCAUAGGAACAAUAUUCUUGCAGAAGAUGAAAUACACAUAAUGGACAUAAACAACACUCGCGUGUCCACCAUAAAGUAUGCUGAUCAGACAGUUUUUAUUUUAAACCGGUCAGUAACAAAGCCCUACUACAGAGAUGUAUAUAGAAGCUAUGCUCUAAUAUCCCUGAGGCCGCUUGCUAUUGCAACCCACCACACACACAGCCUAACUAUUAGCAUGCGAUCUAUCAGCAUAGAAAUGUGUCUUUUAUAUAGCUAUCGGUAUCCGAGAAAAUACACCCUGUUUGUGCAACAGGCAUAG